GCUUUGAUAGGCAGCACUAAUGGGCACUGAUGAAGUGGCACAGAUAUGCAGCACUGAUGGCCACUGAUGGGGUGGCACUGCAGGGGCGGACUGACAACUCAUGGGGCCCCCGGGCAAUAGGGGAUCAUGGGGCCCCUGUGUCCUGGCCCAAACUCAAAAAAUCCUAUAAAAAAGGUACCAGGGGCAUCUCAUGGGGCCCCCUACUGACCCCGGGCCCUCGGGCAGUGCCCGAGUUUCCAAAUGGUCAGUCCGCCCCU